CAAUCUGGGACAAAGAGCAGAGAUCAAAGGUUAUGGCGAAAAACCGCAAGCACAACAGAUCGCAUCCUGGGUGUAAUUAUAUUUCACACCGUUUUGUAAGUCUCUUACUCACAAACAUUUCAAUUUUAUUUUUUUAUGAAAGGCUUGCUCAGUAAAAAACCUCAUGAGGCUAUUUUUAUGGGAGUGGGUGGAAGGGAAAAAAACAUACAUGAAAACAAGUUCCAGUGUUUGCUUUUGCUCUAAAAAUAUCACCAUGUGAGAACAAUAAAACUUUCAAUCUUUAACUUGACCCCUCACGUAUGCUUUACAACUCCCUCAAAAGAGCGAAGUCCCACACAAAGUCGCAGCUAUUUGUGGCAUGAACCUCAUCACUCUCCCAUCCCUACCCCUCGCCCUCUCUCUCACUAUUGAAAUGCCUCAACAAUCAAGUGCCGUUCACCUCCCCGUCUCUAUUCCCCUGGCACGCCCUCAAUAGAACAAUGUAGGGGCGGGUAUGACUUUUAAAUUAAGAAAAGAACAGAGCAGUCAAGAGGAAAAAGGGGAAACAGGUUCCUUGUUUUCCUUUCUCUCUCUCUCUCUCCCAGCUGAAACUGUGGCACUAAACUACAGAGAAAAAGCACUGAAAAAACUUGCCACGUGUUAGAUGUCCCACGUCACAGACAGGAAUGUGACCCAGGCCAAGCUGGUUGUUGUUCCAGAGCCACAUGAUUGAAACGCAAGGUCCUCCCAUCAGCUCCUGUGAGAAGACCAGCAGAUAUGGACAGAAAUGUGAUUAGGAUCUUGAUGCCCCUACUUCUGGUCGCCCUGGGUGUAGCAGAGACCACAGACCCUUUGACAGAUUUGGAAAAUAUUGCUGGGAAGUUGGUUUUCUAUCAGAUGGAGGGAAAUGCCACCUAUGUGAGGGACACAGGAGAACUGGCUUCAGAUGUUCCCACUGAGACCAUGUUUGAACUCUUCGACCCACAAAAGAAUUUCAGCCAGGCAAAGUUCACUUAUACUUGGGACUUAGGGAACGGAGAGGUGAUCCAAGGGACUGAGCCGGUUGUCCGCUAUCAUUACUCAGAAUCAGGGAACUACACACUGCGACUGAAAGUGGGAGUGAAUGUGACCAAAUAUACACCUCUACUCACUGACGUCUACUCCAUGGAUGUCAAAGUGCUAGAUGCCAUUAAAAACAUCGAGCUGAAGGGGCCGUCAGAUUAUGAGGUGUCUCAGAACACCACUUUGGCUUUUCACGUCGAUGGAAGUCCUCCCAUGUGGGUGUGCUGGCGUUUCCUGCCCAACUGUGUGCAGGACAUGACAGGGGGCUGCACACUGACCAUGCUGCAAGAAAACACUCUGCAACUGAACCUCACCUUCACCUCAGCUGGCGUCCACUGCUUGGACAUCAGCGUUCGCAAUGACAUCAGCAAGCUGCAGAGCUCCUUCAGCCUCUACGUCAAGAGAAGCAAUAACACCCACAUGUUCUUCAUCCUGUCAUGUGCAGCCGUUCUCGUAGCAACCUUCACAUUCAUCAUAGUCUUCGCCUGCCGCCCUCGCCAUCACAACAGAUCACAGAUUGCUGCUUCCAGUAACACUGUAUUCCUGAAGAACCAAGACCCUGAAGGUCAAGGCAUGAUUCUUUUUAACUUCACCAACAUGGAGAGAGGAGAGAAAGAGCCUCUCCUUUUGCAGUAUGAGACUCAGUACUUCUCUUAAGCAUCUGUGUUCCAGCAUACUGUGGCUACAUGUACAGCUAGGCAGAAGAAAAAGCACAAUUAUGGUGUUAUAGAAGUAAUAACAAUGUCAUCUUGCAUACCCCUAUGUAUGUAGCUAAAUCUGUGAAUGAUCAAGUUGAAAAAGCAGCAGUGCCUGUAUUUAUUUAGGACUAUGGUCUUAGCUGUGUUAAUUAACGCUUUAGUCACUAAUGUUCAGUAAGCUAGUAAGUCAAGUGCCUUCUGGAUUUUCCAUCAACUAGAUAAUGAUGAUCACUUAAUGGGUCACAGAGCUCAGGCUGACAUUCAGAUGAACUCAUAAUAAAUUAAUACAAGGGCAGGUCAUGUUUAAACAAUGAGAGUUCUAUUGAGCAUGCUGUGAAUGGGAUGAGACUACUCAUUUAUUUGUGUUUUUAUCACAUUGAUUGACAAAUGUGAACCUUGCUUUGCUCUGAUUUCCCCCCAAAAAAAGAAUAAAACACGUCAUUUAAAUAAACCUUUUUCUUGCAGUGCUAAAUUUAAUUUAAGCAAUUAGUAUACAAAUAUAUCAACAUAGUUUACAAUUAUUUUACCAACCGAUGAUGAUAUAAAUGUUACAAAUCAUACAAUAUGAGCAAUGUCAGAUGUUAAUCAACCUGCUAAUUUGAAAAGGUACCGCCAAUUAAAUUCCACAAAGACAGAGCAAAAUGUUUUUACUAAAAUGUAAUACUUAUUUUUUUGUUUUCCAAGAUUUCUUUGGAGCUGUUUCACCCACUAUUUAUUUAUUUAAUUAUUUGCAGCUGUGGGACUCUCCUCCCUUUCCUUUGUGCAUUGUGUUGUGGGAGAAUAGUGUACAUUAACAGACAAAUCGAAGGUAUUUCAUACGCACAUUUUCUGCUUUGAAGAGACUUUAAUUUGCCACUUUUCCAGGGUGAACCCACCACAUACUGGUCCUGCUUAGAAUCACUAUGUAUUAUGGAUUUGGUACAUGAUGUGAGAGCCUACAGCCAUGUAAGCAGCUCUGUGAAGCUGUAUUUGGGCACAGCAGUGAGAGAUAAAUGCUAAUAUCACAAUGCUAACAUGCUGAAUAUUUAGCAAGUGUAAUUUUUACCACAUUGACUGUGUUAAUUUACCACAGAAGCAUGGUAACAUUUGCUAAUCAGCACAGUAGCAUGCUAACAUUUGCUAAUUGGCACUAAACACAAAGUACAGUAAAGAGUGAGUUUGUAGGUAUUUAUAAAACUCAUGGUGGCCCUUGAAUCUUUUCCAACUGCAGAUUAUCUUUAUGCCAUUUAUGGUGUUUAAUGACAGCUUGUCCUCUGUUAGAGGUGUCACAACAUUAUUAAUUGUGUGUCUCCUGAUGAAUGCCAGCUGUCUGAGGCACUGUGGGGUGCUGCAGGUGCUAAAAAGAAUACUUCCUUCAGAAGCUCAACCUUGAAAAAGUUGCAAACUUUCUUGUCUGUCUGCUGUUUGGUGCAGAGCAGGUAGUGUACAAUGAGUUUUAGGGCUCUUUUGCAGAAAAUAGCUACCUGAAACGGCCAAACAUAUAGUGUGUGGACGUGGACCAAAACAGUAAAGUUGCUGGGCAGAAAACCAAAUUAAUUAAAUAAAAAGGGCAGUAAAUGUUAAAAUGUGGAGCUGAGAGGAGCUGCAGAGUUUGGUGGUAAUUCUCUAUGAGCAACCCCUUCCACAUUACGAGUAAGUUAUUAUUGACCAAAGUGGAGUUGGACCGAUAUUGCCACCCCUAGAACCACCCCUUCGCCAAACACACCUUUUCAAAAUGAAGAAAAUUGCACCCUACUGUUGUAAACACUGACUCUGUCAUACAGUUUUUGUGUUUGCGUGCUGUUUUAGGUUCAAGGUAAUUUGCUUGUUAGUCUUCAUUAUAACUCUUCUUUAUGUUUCAUGUGUCAUUUUUGAUAGAUCAACUAACCAACCAACUAUUUACCAACCAACCUGGGUUUUAUCUUUUUAUCCAGCUUUCUAAAAUCAGACCUAAAACACAAGCUAAUAAAGUAUGAACAGAAA